AUGGCCACGGUCGCGGAGGAACUACUCAACGACUUUGGAAGCCUGGGAGAUGAGGCCGACGAGGAAAACGAUGGCCUCGUGUACGCAGAAAAGGCCCACGGAGGGCGCGACGACGCCAUGGAGCUGGAUGGCCAACACGCCGCCCAGCAGGACGAUUUCCCAGACGAACAUGCGGGCAACGACUUGCACGACCUCGAGGAUGCCGAGGCGACCAAGGCCAGAGUAGAGAAGAUGAAGCUCGGCGAUGUCAAGGAUGUGCGCAGCGUGGCUAGCCUGAUGCAGACUCUGGAGCCCGUCAUGGAGAAAAUCGCCCAUUUCCGAUCGCAAUCAUCGACGCAGACGGCUGUCGUUGGCAACAUCGAGGACCACCCCGAGUACAGCCUGUUGACGCAGUCGAACAACCUCUCGACCAUGAUUGACGGCGAGGUGGCUCUCGUCCACAAGUUUACACGCGAUCACUACUCGACUCGCUUCCCCGAACUAGAGAGGCUUGUCACCACGCCUCUAGAGUAUGCCAAGGUCGUGACCAUUAUCGCCACGGACAAUCCACUGGGAAUGGGACUGAAGGCCGUCUUGGACGGGCCGUCUCUCAUGAUUGUGACGGUGGAAGCAACGACCUCCAAGGGCGACGAGAUGAGCGACGAUGAGCUGCAGCGCGUGCGGCAGGCCUGCGACAUGGUCAUUUCCCUCCACCGGGCCAAGCUCAUCCUCACAGAAUACGUCCAGUCGCGCAUGACCGUUUUUGCCCCGAACCUGACAGCCCUCAUUGGGUCCCUCACGGCGGCGCAGCUGCUCAAUGCCGCCGGCGGCCUGACGGGCCUGUCCAAGACACCAGCCUGCAACAUCCCGUCGUGGGGAUCCAAGAAGAGACAGGCAGGCCUGGCUACCAACAUUGGGAUCCGCCAGCAAGGGUACCUGUACCAUUCGGAGAUGGUUCAGCACAUACCAAACGACAUGAAAAAGCAGGCCAUGCGGAUUGUCGCGGCGAAGCUGGUCCUGGCAGCGCGAGUGGACCGGAUUCACUCAAGCCCCGACGGCAGAACGGGGGAUGAGCUGAGGUCGGCUUGCAUUGAGCGGCUUGAGAAGCUAACGGAGCCUCCGCCGAACAAGGGGCAACGGGCGCUCCCCAUCCCGGACGACAAGCCGUCUCGCAAGCGGGGCGGACGGAGAGCGAGAAAGGCCAAGGAAGCGCUUGCAAUGACGGAUCUACGCAAAGAGCAGAACCGCAUGGCGUUUGGCAAGGAGGAGCAGGAGGUCGGGUACGGCACGGGGGAAAGCACCGUGGGCAUGGGCAUGAUUGGACAAAAGAACGACGGCAGGAUCAGGGCCCUCCAGGUUGACAACCGCACGCGGGCGAAGCUCAGCGCCAAGAACAAGGGGCUGCGAGCUGCGGGGGUGGGCAGCUCGGCCAGAGGAGCCGUGGGCACGACGUCGUCGCUCACGUUUACGCCGGUGCAAGGCCUCGAGCUCGUGGACCCGAAGGUACGGUCGCAGCUAGGCCAGAAGCGCAAGGCAGAAGAGGACCGAUGGUUCAAGGGCGGAUCGUUUACGCAGGUUGGCAGUGGUGGCGGCGGGUCAAGCGCGGAUGUCGGGUCGGGCGGCUUCAAGGUGCCGGAGGUGCCGGCGGCGAAACGGGUCGACACGGGUGCGACCAAGAUGGAGCCGCCGCCGAGCCGGAAGCAAUGA